CUAUGUUCUGACCCUUGAAAUAAAAACUGCAACCAAAGCAAUUUAGAAAAACUCUGCAGAGAAUGAGGACUCCCCCCCAAGUGGGACGUGCUAAGUGUUUGAAGUGGUAAAAAUCCCCCUGAAUGUCAAUGGCGGUGACAGGAAUGCCGCCGAUCAGCAGAGACUACAACACGCACUGCCGGUGCCUUCAGGUGGAGUCGAGGAUCAUCCCCCCGGACAACCUGAGGAGCAUCAAGCUCGUCCCGGAAGGGCCCCACUGCCCGGUCAUUGAAGUCAUAGCCGGACUGUCGAAUGGGGAGAAGGUGUGCCUGAACCCUGGGGCCUCCUGGGUGAAGAAGCUGAUCCACUUUAUCCUCGAGAGACAACUCCAUCAGCAGGGAGGAGCGCUUCCCAAACAGCAAGGAUAACAUCGUACAUUAAGAAAAACUGUUGAAACUUAAGUCCUUUUCCUACAACAUACAGGUUGUGUCAUUCAAAUAACUUGUUUUUGUUGUGUUACCCCACUUCACAUUAUAAAAUAACACUGAUUCUGGAUUCAUAUUGUCUUGGCGUUAGAAGGAUAAUAAGCGUGUGAAGGACGGUAUUUAGUUGUGUGACAUUUGUAUGACCUUUUUGAAAGCAGACACUAUAUAUAUGUAGCAUGGAAUCUGGAAUAUUCUAAUAUGUGACAUCAUUUGUUGAAUAUGUGAGGCUUAAAACAAAUGUAUAAUUAAAAAGGUUAAAUGAGA